CUACUUCCUUCUACUCUUCUCAAAACCACGACCAUGCCAAAGGACACUAGCGACUCGCCCCCCGCUGCGGCUACGCAGCAGCCUCAGAAGCGCUCCUCGAAAGCCUGCGAGACGUGCCGCGUGCGCCGGAUACGCUGUGUCGGCCCGCCGCCGUGCGAGGCGUGUCGUGAGGCCGGGCUGGGGCACCAGUGUACCGUGAGGUUGAAGGCGCGGCCAAAGCGCGCCCUCUCAGCCAAGCUCGCCCUCGCGCAGGCCCACCCCGUACCAGCUACCGUGUCCGAGCUGCAGCCGACAAACAGGUACCACCCGAACCACGCGGCCAACUCGACGCCGGCGUACCUCUCCCCCGCGGCGAGCAAGCUCACCCCGCCGUCGAAUGGCGCGGCCGCGGUGCCUGCGACGCCGGCGAGCGCGGGCUCGGUGCGUAGCGUUGAGGGGCAUGUGCUGUACGAAAGGCAUAACCCGCUGGAUGAUAUCGAGGCGAUGUUGGGGGCGUGGUGCGACCAGAAGAACCUCCCCCUCUCGUCCCUAGUCUUCAAGGUCGACUCGCGCGUGACCCACCUGCCCGGGACCCCGCUCCCACCGUCCCCAAUAAUCGAGCAGUUUGAAGACGCGCUGAUGGACGGCUUUGUCGUCUCGUCGGAGUUCAUGCAGAUCGACCACCUCAACAUUGACCGCACGUGGCUGCUGAGCCUGUAUGGCCGGUAUCGGACGCUGCCGAACAGCCUGACCGACGACCAGACGGCGCUCAUCUACGCCACGCUGUGUGUGUCCCGCUUCUCCCAGAUCCGGGCCAGCAUGAACAAUGGCACCAACGAGCCCACGCGCGAGGACUUGACGUACUUUCACCUCGCUUGUAAUGCGCUCGGGGCGUGGGGACGGCCUAGUACGACUGCUUUGCGCGCACUCCUCUGCCUCUCGCCCUUCGCGUUCGGCGUCGGAGGACCCGCAGAAACCCGCACCGUCCUCUCCCAACUCGCAUGGCAGGUCAAGGAACUCGGGCUCCACCACCGCUCCACUGCCACGCUCUACCAGCCACAAGAACAAGCCAGCACGCUCUUCUCGGCAUACUUUUACGCCGAUCUAUUCCGCGCCUCGCUCACGGACCUGAGACCAUGUCUGCCACUUAUCGAUAUUGACGUCGACCCAACCCCGCCGGUGACGCUCAUGAACGAGGUGCGCUCCCGGCCCUCAGUCUUCACCGCGCGGUACCUCGCCGACUACGCGGACCGGACUAUCGACAUUACCAACAUGGAGUAUGUGACGGCGACCGAGGCCAUGUGGAUGCCGCACCUGCGCGAGCUGCGCCACAACAAGGAUCUCGACUCGCCGCGCUUCAAGAUUGCCUGGGCCGAGUUCCGUUACAACUGGCUCCGGGUCCUUUUGUACACGCCCCAUCUGGCCAACCCUCAAACAGCGCCGCUAGCCUACGCCACAAUAGCCCGCGCGGUGACGCAGACGCUCUACACCUACGCCGAGCUCAUUGCGACGCACCAGCUCCACCCGUCGUGGCCGCAGGUCCAGCGGUUGGUCGUGUGCGGGCAACUCUUGAUUCUCUGUCACGAGGCCGGCGAGUUCCAUGUGCAUGAAGCUCCGAAGCUUUUCCAGAUGCUCGUCGAUGCGCUCGACAAGCACGAGCCCACCUGGCCCGUGUGUGGUGAGCUUGCUGCGGGGUUCGGCGCCGCGGCGAGAGUGUAUGAAAUCGAGGUGGCCACACCCUCAGCAACAAGUGUCGUUUUCCCCGAGCCGCUGGUCGCCGACACGGAGGGCGGUGCCCAAGUCGACUUUACUGGCGGGACAGCCGCCGGCCCAUUUCUGUGGAACGAUCUAGGGUUGGACUUUGACUUUUCGUCCUUCCCCGUGUAGCGUAAGCGUAGUGUAGAUGCCGUUGUUCCUGUGCAUCGUUGCCGCGUGCAGCAUGUGGUGCUGCGGCAACUCGGCCGGUUCCCACUUGUAGUCGUGUCUCGUAUAAUGAACCGGGCGACGUCAUG